GUUCCAGUGUGGUCCUUGAUGGUGAGUGUGACCACUGAGCAACGGGUACCUGCACACUGCAGUGACUGACACUGCUCACGGGUUGCACUGCACACUGCAGUGACUGACACUGUUCACAGGUUGCACUGCACACUGCAGUGACUGACACUGCUCACAGGUUGCACUGCACACUGCAGUGACUGACACUGCUCACAGGUUGCACUGCACACUGCAGUGACUGACACUGCUCACGGGUUGCGCUGCACACUGCAGUGACUGACACUGCUCACAGGUUGCGCUGCACACUGCAGUGACUGACACUGUUCACAGGUUGCACUGCACACUGCAGUGACUGACACUGCUCACAGGUUGCACUGCACACUGCAGUGACUGACACUGCUCACAGGUUGCACUGCACACUGCAGUGACUGACACUGCUCACAGGUUGCACUGCACACUCGUCCCUAUGACUCCUUCACAUAUAUGGACGGUGUCUGGGACAUUGACGGUAACUGUUACAUCAUACAGGUUAAGAGAAGCCAGAAAAUAUUAGGAAGGAAUCAGCAUUAAUUCUAAUGAAGAAAGAAGAAUAGGGGGCAUUAUGGGAAGCUUAAGUAAGCUACUGCCAUACACCUGUCAUGAGUUAGGUCACCCCUGGAACCAUUCCUGUUUCUCCUCAAGUGCAGAAGUUGGAAUCAUUGGAUUUAUUGAAAGUUGCAAGAUAUAUGGAGUGGUAUAUCUGCUCACUGGACUCGUAAAGUACCGGAAACUAAAUCAUAAAUAUGGACAGAAGUUGUUAAGAGAUUACAUUACUUCUGUCUGCUUCUUGACAGUAAAUGCCUUUGGAUACAUUGGUUCCUUCUGUAUACUCAGGCACAUUCUUGGCCAUGUGAACUUCCUGUCAGCAUCAUUCCUGCCUGGUUUCAUUUCUAGUCUUAUGGCUAUAAAUGUUGAACGACCAGAACGUAGACCACUUCUGGCCAUUUAUGUUACUAAUGUGGCAUCAGAAUGUUUAUGGAAUACUGCAGUGGGAUACGGCUAUGUCAAGCCCAUACCUCGGGGUGAAAUUUUGGUAUUUGCUGGGUCCAUGGCAGUUUUAGGAUAUAAUUUCCGUUCCUCAAAGCCUCUCAGCAGACUAAUCAACUCCCUUCUUCAAUUGUUAUUAGGCUGUGGAGAAUCAGGCGCAAUGAUUGUAGCCCGAAAGACUACAUCUCCAAGAAAACUUCAGGGUCUUCAGCCCAAGCCCCAGCCAUGGCUGUUCAGGAGAGUGAUGUCACUGUUUACCAACUCUCAUCUAUUAUGUCCUCAUAGAGGUGGCUGUCUUCCCAACUUUUUUGUGAUGGGUGUACGAGGGUUUUUUCAGGGCUUCCUAAUGCAGUUUUCAGUCAAGCUGCUGUCUUCAGCUUCAAGAUUUAUCAGACACCCAGGAAAGCUACUUGAUUUGUUCUUCAACAGAAACAACUUUAAUGCUGGACUCUUCCUUGCUUGGUUUAUAUCAGUAUUUAAGGGAACAUGUUGUGCAGGGCGGUGGUGGCAUGGGAAAGAAGAAGCAUCACACGGAGCAGUGGCUGGUGUACUCUCUGCUUUUGCAAUGUAUUUUUACUCUGCCCCUUCUCUUGCACUUUAUAUGAUGUGGAAAGUACUUGAGUGUGUGUAUGAAAAAGGCUGUGAUGAGGGGUACCUACCACGUAUCCCUGGCUCAGUAGAGCUGCUAUACUCCAUCUCCACGGGUUAUCUCUUCCACGUGGCUGUGAUGGAGAUGCAUUACAUGAAACCUUCUUACUGGCGCUUUCUCCUAAGACUAACAUGGGGCAGGUUACAGGAUUACAAUCGGCAUCUUCUGACUCCUUUUGGAAUGGACAGUGCCCGAGGACUUAAUGGCAUUUGGCCAAAGUACGAUCUUAAACACGUAAGCGAAUCUGUCAGAAAAAUGAUUCCAAAUCCCAUUGUGAUGAAGCUUUGAUGCAUGUUUGUAGAGGAAGCAGUGCAUCUCGAUGGUGCUGUGAGGCAGUAUUUUUUUUUUUCUUUUUCUUUUUUCUUUUUUUUUCAAAUAUUUUAUUUGUUUUAAACAUCUUAAUCUUCUCUGGUAUUCUCUCUUUCCCACCUAACAUUAAAAUAUUUGUGGCAUUUUGUGUAAUCUUUAUCAUUCCAAGUUAUUGGUUUACAGUAUUCCAGGUAAUAUGUAUAUUUUCACUGCAUUUCCUUCUAUUGAACAGAAGGAUUCUUAUGUUUAAUAGUGUUCUUUGUUAAACUGCAACUGCACAUAACUUGGGCAUUGCAAAAAUUAUUAUAUAAUUUUUAUAAGAAAUUUCACUUGUGUAAUGUAUUUUUGUAAAUCAAAGUUUGUCUUUUAACACUCAUAGUAUCCCUUCAAAUGUAUUUAAACUGAUUGAACCAUGAUUUUGGGUCGUGCCACUUAUCGCAGUUGGUCCUCAUCUCCAUACCCCUUCUUCCUUCAUGUGUAAUUUUGUGUGUAAAAAUUAAAAAAAAAAAAAUCCUCUUUAUUGAAAUAGGAAAAUUGAGUAACUAGUUUUCAUUCUUAACUUUAUUAUUUUUGACCAUUCAAAAGAGUUUGUUUAAAACUCGGUUACAGCUGGCUUAAUCUUCAAAACUAGUCCAUUUUACUUGGAGCCGAUGCACAAACCAUUAUUUGUCUUUAUUCAGCCCAAAUCUUGUCUAAGCAAGACUAUGGAGACAGUAUGGUAUAUUCAUCAGAUUAGUCAUCUACUUUUAAUUAACUUAAAACUAUUUAUCAUCAGGGAUUAUGCUUACAUCUAGGAGCUUUUUUAUCUUUCCCAAAUGAGGCCCUGUAUAGAAAGGCAAACAUCCCUUUUCUUUUUCACUUCCAUUCAACGAACCUCUUGCAUAUGGAAUGGUCACAGAUGUUAGCAAGUUUUAUUUUGUCGGUUUUGUUUAUGAUGACCAUUUAAUUUCUGUGUUCAGACUCAAAUAACCUCUCUUACUUUAUCACCUUCAUACAUUCGUCCCAUAUCCUAUUUUUUCUGUACUUCGUUGAAAGUCCCAGUUUUUCAGGAUUGUUCCUCUUCCCUCCCAUGCCCAAAGGUUUACAUUCCUGCUACGAACUCUCACUCUUCACAUUUAGAUUCUGUGGCAUUGUACACUAGCAGCUCCAGAUCCCCUAUUUUUUACAAAUAGAGUAAUCCAAAGGCAUUUUCAUAUCAGAGUUAUAUGCAAAGCUCAACUCCAUGGGGAAGUGGAACAGAAUUCUUCCUCUGUAAGCCAUGCGCGUCGUAAGAGGUGACUAAAAUGUCAGGAGCAAGGAGCUAGUAACCCCUUCUCCUGUAUACAUUAUACAUUACUAAAUUUUAAAAAGAGAAACUUUCAUUUUUCUUUUUAGGUCACCCUUCUCAGUGGGUUACGGCCAGCUCAUUGAAAAAAAAAUACAGAACUCAAUGCUAUUAUACACGUUGCAACUAUGUUUACCCCUUCAUUAUUGUUUUAGACUAAGAAAGGUCAUUACAAGCUAUGAAGAAGAAUGUCCCCCCACAUCCCAUAGUACAAUGUAUGUAACUUUGGUUACACUGCAUUACUAGGAAACAUACACAAAUUAUUUGGUUGCUGGGUCCUUCGAGACUUGGGAGGAAUCACUGACAAUCAUAAUAACAAUCACAAAAACUCACCCAGUCACUCCACCAUUUGUCAUCUAUCAAUCUUCCACUGAAGGGGUACCAUUUUAAGACAACUUUCCAAUAAUUUCUCUUCAAAAUUAGGUUGGAGCAUAACAAAUUGUUCUCCAUUAAACCAUGAUUAUAUUCCUGGCUAUCUUUCCACUGUUGUUGUUUGUGGGAAACUACUAUUAUAUGAGUGUAAAGUGGACAUAUGGAUACAUCAUUAACCCUUUGGGGGUCGCCAGGCCCUCUCAGAGACUUGUUCUCAGGGUUGCCAAAAUUUAAAAAAAAAAAUUAUUUUCUCUUAUGAAAAGAUGGAGAAUCUUUUCCCUAUCAUAAUGACACCAAAAGUAUGAAAUCUGAUGGAAAACUUAUGGAAUUAUGGUCUUGUGAAGUUAGCGGUCUCGAUGAUGUUUACGCAUCGGCAAUUUUGCCCACUUUGAGCCCUAUUUUCAGCCAAUUCCAAUGUACUAGUCGACAAAAAUCAUAACUAUUUUGCUAGAACUCCAUUUUUCCUAUCGAAUGAGUACAAGAAACCACCCAUUUACCAAUUUCAACUAUCCAAUAAAGUGGUCAGAAUUUAACAAUUUUGCCAAUCUCACACAAAUUUCAAAAGAUGCCAAUUUCCGAAUAGGGUCCAGAAUAAACAAGAAAGACAUUCCUGGCACAAAAAUAACAAGUUCUCUGUUCGUCAGUCACAUCCCCAGGCCCCUCUUAUAUUUCUUUGGCUUUCCAAAGUCGCUGUUUUAUUCCAAAAACAUGGUCAAAGUUUUUUUUCUCAUUACGCACUGUGUGCUGCAGGAUUUUUUUUAUACUGCGCACACUGACCACGUAGACCCAUUCUUUCAUAUGUAGGCCUACCAGCUUUCUCUCACUAGAUUUGAGGGCUCUAGAAUUUAGGAGUACUAGUACGUCAAAAACCCUGGGGCGUAAGCCGUACUAGUAUGGCCGAAACCCCCAAAGGGUUAAGGGAUGCCUAAUGCCUUUCUGCGAAGACUGUCCUAUCUGUCAGGUCAUGUAGAAUCCACUUUUGACAUCUACAAUUCUCAGACUUACUCUCACUAACUGCUUUUUGCUCCUCAUAUGGGUCCCAUCUUCAAAACAGACUCACUCUGUGACUAGCAACAAUUAACCUAUUACAUAAACUACGAUAUUUUUUUUUUUUUAACGCAUUGGCUAUUUCCCAUUGAGGCAGGGUGACCCGAAAAAGAAGAAAUGCUUUCAUCAUCAUUGACUCCAUCACUGUCUUGCCAGAGGCAUGCCAACAUUACAGUUCAAAAACUGCAACAUAUCGACACACUUUCAGAGUGCAGACACUGUACUUUCCACCUCCAGAACUCAAGUCUGACUAACCAGUUUCCCAGAAUCCCUUCAUAAGUAUUACUUUUCUCACACUCCAACAGCACAUCAAAUUAUAAAAACCACACACAAAACCUCCUUUACCCUCUCCCUCCAACCCUUCCGAGGAUGACCUCUCUCCCUGCCGUCCUUCCACCACAGAUUUAUACACACUCCAAGUCAUUCUAUUUUGUUCCAUCCUCUUUAAGUGUCAGAACCAUCUCAACAACCCCUCCUCAGCCCUCUGGAUAAUACCUUUAGAAACCCUAUACCUAAUCUUCAAGCAACAUAUUCUCUGCAAUAAUAUUCACUCCAUGAAUUGUCCUCACACUACAUCUUCACUGCCUCCAGCCUUCUCCUUGUUACAACAUUCAUCACCCAUGCCUCACACCCAUGUAAGAGCAUUGGUACCACUAUACUUUCACACAGUCCCCUCUUUGCUUCCAUGGAUAACAUUUUUUUAUCUCUACAGAUUCCUCAUUACACCACUCACCUUUUUUUCCCCUGUCAAUUCUGUGGUUCACCUCAUCUUACAUAGACCCAUCUGCUGACAAGUCCACUCCCAAAUAUCUGAAAACAUUCACUUCCUCCAUAUUCCCUCCAAUCUGAUAUCCAAUCUUUCAUUACCAAAAUUUUUUUAUCCUCAUUACCUUGCUCUUUCCUAUGCUCACUCUUAAUUUCCUUCUCUUACGUACCCUCCCAAAUUUGUUCACCAGCUUCUCUUCAGAAUCUCCCUAAAGCAGUGUCAUCAGCAAAAAGCAACUGUGACAACUUCCACUUUUUGUUAGAUUCUUUAUCUUUUAAUCCCACACUUCUUUCCAACACCCAAGCAUGAUGUGUUUUUAUUGUUCAUUUUCUUGUAAUCCCUAAUUCUACUAGCCCCCAUAAACUUUACAUACUCAUCACAAUAGCACUCUGACCCAUGAAAAAUAAAUAAAAGUACAAAUAUUGUACUCCAAUCAUUUAAUAGGAAAGGUAGCAUUUAUGAAGUAUCAUGAAAGGAUUUAGGGAAACUGAUUAGCAAGACUUGAAUUUUGGAAGUGGAAAGUACAGCACCUGCACUCCAUAAAUGGAGCUGUUGUGGCUCAGUCACCUGAAUUGUUUUGUUUGCACACUUCAAUCAAGACUGCUAUCGAAUCGGUGAUGGUGAAUGUGUUUCCUUAUUUGGAUUACCGUAUCUUAGUGGGAAUAUCAGCUGUAGUAAAGAAAAUGGAAAGUACAGAUCAUUUAUUUUGAUGCUAACGUUAAUAGUUAAUGUAUUAAUAAUAUGAAGGUUAUUUAGGCAACUUGCAGGCCUGGUUGUCAAUCUUAUGAGUCCUGGGAGAAGCACAGGAAUACAUGAGUAAAAAAUUAAAUUAAUAAUCCACCCCCACUCAGAUUAAAGUUUCUAAUAAUCAGUUUGAACUAACUGAAUCUGAAGCAUUUAGUUCCUUUGUUAAUGUGUUUAAAAAAGAUUACCAUAAAUAAAAUCAGUGUAAGCAGAUAAAUUACUUGGAGCAUAUCUGGAUUAAUGGUAUAUACCACAUCUUAAUUUUUCCUAACAUGUAACUGUAGUAAGAAAUUUCCUGAACAGUUGGCAGGAAAAUUAAAUGUUUUCAUAUAAUAGAAGGCUUGGUAUGUACUGAAAGUAUGAAAUAAUACAGGAAUAUGUUGUGUUAAAGAAUAUCUGUAUAUACUCUUACUGUUUUGAGGACAAGAAGGUUCUAGUAUACUGGAAGUAGUCUUACUAUUACAUUGGACUAUAUAUUUUAGAGGUUUGUUUUUGCACUUAAUUUCAAAGUAUAUUUUUUUUAAGUAUUUUCUUGUUAUUCCCCCAUUAAGUAACCCUUUUAGGUUUAGUGCUUAAUUUGAUUACUGAUAUAUUAUUAUUAUCCUCCAUUAAGUAUUCAGUCACUAUUCAGCAAGUUAAUUUGAGCAAAUGUAAGUAGUUUAGAAUUCAAAUACAGCAUAUUCGACUACAGAUAACUCAAGAAUAAAUACUGAACUCACAUAAAUUAAGGUUAAAUUAUAUUUCAAGUCUUUGUGAUAACAACCAUUAACUAUAGUAAUUUACAAAAAAAAAAAUCCCCAAUGAAUGGUAAACAGGAAUGUAAAAAUCUGUACGUUACUCUACAUCCAAUCUCAAUACUGUAGUUUCAUUUUAUGCUGUAUGUACUUAAAUCACAGAUAAUAGUAUUUAUGUAGAUUUGAUAUAUUUAGAUAAAUGCAUAUUACAUAAAAUAUUUUUUUAUAUUUUCAGAAGUAAUUGCAAUAUUUUCAAGUUAUCAUGUACAGUUAGUUAAUUGUAGUGUAUAAAAUGAAGACAAUAAGUUAUCUUUGUAACUACUGUAUCAUCUUACCUCAGCAUGAGUGAUCCUACAUAAAAACAAGCUACCUAUGUUCUCAAAGUUCAAUAAAUAUGUGUAAUACAGCAAACCUCAAUUAGUACGAAUGUGAAUAGUACGGAAUUCGAUUUGGUAUAAAUUAUAAAAUUAUAGCAGACCAUAUUUAACACAGAUCAAAAGUCAUGCCACAGCUUGUUAUCUUGCACAUGUUUAUAGUGCUACAUUAUAUUUUAUUAUUUUUUUUAACAUGUCGGCACUCAUCCCACAAAGUUUAUGCAGUCCUGAUAUUAUAUUUUAAAUUUUGAUAAAGUACCCUUGGCAAAUUUGAACAAAUGGAAAAAUACUUAUAGUACCAAUAAUGCAAAUGCAAAAAAAAAAAAAAAAAAAAAAAAAAAAAGAGGUUUGUUUACAUUAGCAUCUCUUUGGGUCUCUUUACAGCAGUGAAAGAAAAUGGAGUUCAUAUGUAAACUGAAGAAACUUUUAUUGCAAGCAGUGGUUGAUUUGACUGUUUUAGAAAUUGAAUUUAGUUGUUAAAAUUACUGGCACAUCUGCCAGUGCAGAUAAAGCUGUUGUUGAAGAAGUAACAGACAUUAGACAGCAGCUUAGUUUCCAUGAACUGUACUACAAAUGUCCAUGACUUACUUGAAUCAGAAUUGGAAGAAAUAACCAAUGGAGAUGUUAUGUAGAUCAGCAGUAAAAAUGUAAUAAUGUUUGUCUGACAUUUUUGGGUUAUUCUGGUGAGUAAUUUAUGCAUGUUUCUAUGUAUGAUACUUAUGUACCUGUACACAAAUACAGUAUUUACAUUGGAGUGGGAACAGUUACCAUACAUUUUGUUAUAACAGCUUCGAAUAGUACGAAUUCAAUUAAUAUGAUUGUUUAUCGGGAUUCAUUAUUCGUGCUAAUCAAGUCUUUGCUGUAUUUUAUAAAUACAUUCUGUACUUGUAUAUAAAAAAAGCUAUUUUGAGAAGAGUAAACUGUUGUGAUUUGUAUAUGCAUUUCUGCUGUAUUUUGAGGCAGUUUUUAAAUUUUGUUUGUUUAUAAUACUCUGUAUUUACACUGGGGUUGAAUUAUGUAACAGUGUUAAUCAGAAUGAAUAUUGCCUAAUGGACAGAUAUACUCUGAUGAAAUUUCAAAAAAGUAAUGUUCCAUGUAUAAGUUUACAAAUUAAUAUAGCUUAUUUGAAUAAAAA